AUGGACGUGACGUACGAACGUGAGUGUGACAGCCCCGCUCCACAGUACAACGGAAGUAGCUGUCUGGGAAACAACACUAAGACUGAAAUUGUUAUCUGCGACUAUCAGUCUUGCCCAGUCGAUGGAAGCUGGUCCUCCUGGCAGUGGCUGGACAACGGAACCUGCUCGGUGACGUGUGGAGAAGGGUUGAUGGACGUGACGUACACACGUGAGUGUGACAGCCCCGCCCCACAGUACAACGGGAGUAACUGUCUGGGAGACAACACUAAGACUGAAACUGUUAUCUGCGACUCUCAGUCUUGUCCAGAGGAUCCAGUCUCUGACAACUCGUCCUCGUGGUAUUUGCUCGACAACGGAACUUGCUCGGUGACGUGCGGAGGCGGGGAGAUGACGGUGACGUACAAACAGGACUGUGACAGCGCCAUCUCUCAGGGUGACGCAGGAAACUGCCCAGAAAACAGCACCAAAAGUGAAACCACAGACUGCAACACACAGCCUUGCCCAGUCGAUGGAAGCUGGUCCUCCUGGCAGUGGCUGGACAACGGAACCUGUUCGGUGACGUGUGGAGAAGGGUUGAUGGAGGUGACGUACACACGUGAGUGUGACAGCCCCGCCCCACAGUACAACGGGAGUAACUGUCUGGGAGACAACACUAAGACUGAAACUGUCAUCUGCGACUAUCAGUCUUGUCCAGCUCUUGUGGGCAUGUCGUGGGGCAAACAGGUCACACAGGAGUAUGAACACUAA